CUGGCAGUGAAGAGCAAACUUGGUUCGAUUGUUGAACUUCGAAAAUUUCAGGAAGGUGCGGAGCGUUUUGUUGACGCUAUCAAUGCAUUUGUGAAAGAUGUCCUGAUACAGGAACGUGCUGUUUCACAGUACAAGUACAACGACAUGACCAUCAAGUUCAUGAUGGAUAAUGAGUUUGAACUGGUUUUCGUUGUUAGUUUUAUGUCGUUCAAUUGCUUAUGUAUGUUGAAUUUACUCUGA